AUGAAGACCGUCGACUCAGUUAACGUUCCGUCUUCAUCAUCUGUAGUACAGGAUGUUGGAUCAGACGGCUUUGUUCAAGUCAGAAAGCGAGACUUGGAGAGACUAGAGGCUGAAGUCAGGACUCUACGAGAACUUAUGCCAAAAGUAAUCAAUAGUGACUUGAUCGAUGCUAUCCAUGAAGGACGGUCUCUGGACGCAUUUAAAGAACACUGUGAUCAUGAGAAGCAAGAAAGAGAGAAUUGUCUACAUAUUCACACCAGACUAGAUGCUGCCCUGAAUGAGUGUCAGAAUGAGAAACAGGAGAAGCUGGUUCUUAAGCAGCAGUUAUGGGAAUGCAGAGGACAGCUUCAGCAGCAGAAAGACUUUUGUACUGAGCUGGGUGCUUCAUGUUGCACGUUGCUAUGGAGUUCAUCUCAGAAGGAGGAAGCAAUCAGAGACAUAUUGGCUGAUGGCAAACUGGAGGUCUUUCUGAGCAUAGCUGGUCAAACCUUGGAGACUUUUAUCAAGUUUCUGGAUGAUGAGGCAAAGCCACAACAGAGUUACAACUCACAUGAGCAUAAUUUUGUUCUGGCAUUGGCUGGUGUUAUUACCAAUAUAGCUGCUGUGUCAUGUGGACGUGACUUCCUAUCCUCUUCUGCCCACAUCCUCUUGGGUACUAUGUUGCAGCUGCUGGGUCUAAUGAAACCAGGAGUAUUUCCAAAACUCAAAGUGUUGAUGUUAAUGGCUCUCUAUAACACCACUAUCAAUGUAAAUGGACUGAAAUUUAUUAGUGAGAGGCCUGAACUUCUUCCUCUGAUGUGCCACCUUCUGGAAGACCCUGAUCCAGAAGUGUGCCUGCAGUCAUUGAGGCUCAUUCAGUCUUUAAUACUGGAAAGAGAAAUCAUGCCUGGCAUGGCUACUGACUUUCGGCGCUCUUUCCCCCUCAGUCGUAUCAACCAUCUAGUUUCAAGCUGCCAUCCCACUCUCAAACAAACAGCCCAGGAGACACUGGAAGAUCUGGCUAGUUUAACAAACUCCCAAACUACAUUCACAGAGAAGGAGCAGUGUUUGGAUUAA